CUUAGAUAUAAACACAUCAUUUGAUUAGAAAGGUCAUAGAUCCAUUAAACAUAAUUUAGUCCAAUUUAAACGUUUCUCUUUUCAACAAUGAAUAACAUCGUCGGGCUCCUUUUAUUCAAUUAUUAUUUCGCAAUCGUUGCAUCCGAUGGAUAUUUAUUAGAAACAAAGUAUAUCGAUGUUCCCAUCGAUCAUUUCAGCUACACAACAAACGCAACAUUUAAGUUAAGAUACCUAGUAAAUGAUAGCUAUCAUGGGCACGGCGGACCAAUAUUCUUUUAUACUGGAAACGAAGGAGAUAUUAACAAUUUUGCCCAAAAUACGGGCUUCAUGUUUGAUAUUGCAAAAUCUUUUGAAGCUGCAUUAGUUUUUGCCGAACACAGAUACUAUGGAACUUCUUUGCCCUUUGGUAACCAAUCUUACGUCUCACCAACAAACCUCGGUUACUUAACGUCUCAACAAGCUUUGGCAGACUUCGUCCUUAUAAUAGACCAUCUUCAAGAUGUUUAUGAAAACCAAAAGAAUAUGAAGAAACUUCCAGUCAUAGCUUUCGGCGGAUCUUAUGGGGGAAUGCUUGCCGCUUAUAUUAGAAUGAAAUACCCGGCUUCAGUUUUUGGAGCGAUUGCUAGUUCGGCUCCCAUUUGGCAAUUUAAUGGAUUAAUACCUUGUGAGGAUUUCUAUAGGAUUACUACCAGCGUCUAUGGAAGUUAUUCUAAAAAAUGUGCAACUACUAUUAAAAACACGUGGAAAAUUAUACGGAGUUUUACACAGACGCCUGCAGGUAAAGCAAAUUUAUCUUCCUUAUGGAAUCUUUGUGCCCCUUUAAAUACAGAAGGUGAUAUCAAAACUUUGGUCGAAUGGGUUUCAGAAAUAAUCAUAAAUAUGGCUAUGGUAAACUAUCCCUAUCCCACCAGCUUUUUAACAGCUUUGCCAGCCUAUCCAGUACUUGAAUUUUGUUCACAAUUAGAUAGUUUAACUUGGAAAGAUGAGUAUGGCUUAUUGGCAGCUAUUGGAGAAUCUUUACAGAUUUAUACCAAUUAUACAAAAUCUGUUAAAUGCAACGUUAUUGCUGAAACUUCUUCACAAUUGGAUGAACGCGGUUGGAACUUCCAGGCAUGUACCGAAAUGAUAAUGCCAAUGUGUUCUACAGAAGUCGACAUGUUUGAAAACGAGCCAUGGGAUUUCCAAAAAUACUCUGACGAGUGUUAUAAAAACUUUAAUAUAAGACCAAGAGCUCAAAACGAGCCUAUUCUCGAAUACGGGGGUAAAGACAUUGACGCAGCUAGUAAUAUUAUAUUCAGCAAUGGUUUACUGGACCCAUGGUCCAGUGGCGGUGUAUUAAUUACCAGAAACAAUAAUAUUAAGGCUAUUAUUAUACCAGAUGGAGCACAUCAUUACGAUCUCAGAGGACAGAACGAAAAAGAUACGAACUCUGUUAAAAUUGUAAGAGAAAUGCAUGUCAAUGAAAUCAGAAGAUGGUUGAAUAGAUAUUAUUAUGACGUCAUUCCAAAAGUAGAAAGAGUUUAAAUUAGUUAAAACGUUCUUAAUAUUAUGUUUUUUUCACGAAAUUAUGCUUUUAUUAAAUAAAAAUAUUUUAAAAUUUA